AGGCGAUCCCUCUUGGCCCUGUCUGAAUCUCAAAUCACUUGUUCUUCUAGAGCGUUGAUGACAGAAUCAAAUAAUUAACUUGUGCGUUGGAACAAUUUAUCCAGUUGUCGCUGUCGUUUGUCUUUAGGAUUAAUUUAGUGCGAUGUUGUCUAUCAGCGACCUCAACGAGCCUAAUCGGAUUGCGCAUCUUUCUAUUAACUAAGAUGUUGAAAGUUUCGGCGUAACAGUGCGUCUUUAAGAACGUGUCUAGGCGGAGCUAGAAGCCAAGUUCACCAGCCUGCAAGUAAAAGUUAAGAAGAAGAAAAAAUAAUAAGUUAGUUUUAUGUUGUUUAUAAACCGGGAAUUGUUUAUUCACAUACCAAGACACCGGCAGACGUACAUUUAGGAUAAUUUUAACCAGGAUCGUCCAGCAGCAGCUGGCAGCUGCUGCUUUCCAAACUGACUUUCUAAGCAGCUGCUGCUUUCCAAACUGCCUUUCUAACAGCUCGAGCAGUCCAAGUAGGGUGAGAGGAGCUGUAAUCGUGCCCACAGCCGGUAGCCCACCCGUGUAUCCGCACGCGACUGGCUCGCUCCAUCUAACUGGGUUUAAACAAGCAGCUUUUCUUUGGUUGCAGCAUGCCUUUUCUGGAUAUUGAAUUAGCACUAAAACAAUGUCAUCGGACCCGCUAUUAAAAUCAAGAAAUCAGAGUGGAGCAGUUGCUGAGUGGUGUCAUUUUUAUUUUUAACUGGUCUGUGGUUGAUGCUCAUUUUGGCAGAUAACUUCGUUUACUACGCUGCUAGCCUCAAGAUACCAUAUUCCUCAGAGACCUACAUGUUUUGUACUAGAUGUUCCACUCGUGAGCAAGACUGUGGUCUGGUCCCUUCUUUGAGGAGCAUCUGUCUCCAUAGGCUGUUGGCUUGCUUUGAAGCCUGACACAUCACAGACACUUGCUGUUUAAGUUUAUAUCCCAGCUCCUGCCUUGUAUUUGUACUGCACAGGGUUCCAUGCAGUGUUAGGACCUAUCAAGGAGAGUAUUCGAUAUUAGGUACAACGAUUAUUUUUUGUCAUAUCAACUGACCUAUGAAGAGGACCCUUCUUGAUGUGUCAGAGAUACCAUCUAUUCAUCCUCUCACAGGAUCUGCAUUGCUGACAUUUUCUUUCUUCUUUUCGAAACAGGAUUGUCUAUCGGUGGUGUGCAAACAUGUUUUACUGUUUGCCUUGCUUUUGCCUCAGCAUCCAGCUAUUGGCACCGUAAUGGCACUAGGAUAAGGGAUUACACAUGGUACCACAACAGUGAUCAUUCAUCUAAAGCACAUAAGGCAAUAUACAAGGGCUGUUAAAAUGCAGUAGGAUCUAGUCCAAAUGCCCUACAUGGCGAAACUUAUGCACCUGCAGAUGUGCUUUUUGAAGAGGAUGAAACUAUUGUGAAAUAGGGUAUGUUAGAAAAAAUAAAUAUUUCAUCUAUUAAUAAGAAUUCCAACUCCCGAUAUGAAUUAGCUGUAGUUUUCAUAUUUGAACAUACCACAGAUGAUCAAUUUCAUGCAGUAACAUUAACAUGAAGAAGAGACAUUGUUCCAGUUUCAUGAAAAAAAAGAAGCAGAUACCAAGCAGCCAGCAACGUGAAACCAUUUAAUAGUUGGAUUUUUAAUCCGGAACCGAAAACUGAUCUAAACGAAGAUGGGAGAAUGGAGUUUCCUGAGUUCUCUUCUGGAGGCAGUCCAGGAGCACUCUCCGAUGGUGGGAAGAAUCUGGUUGGUCGUCAUGCUAGUUUUCCGUAUUCUAAUUCUUGCUACAGUGGGCAGUGAUAUGUUCGAAGAUGAGCAAGAGGAGUUUGUAUGCAAUACAAUGCAACCAGGCUGCAAACAAGUAUGCUACGACAAAGCAUUUCCAAUAUCCCAUUAUCGCUUCUGGGUUUUUCAUAUUGUUGUACUUUCUGUCCCAACAAUUCUAUUUGUUGUGUACUCUGUGCACCAGAACUCCAAGAUUAUUAAACAGAAGGAGCAGUCAGAAAAUGACGUUAACAACAGAAUAACAAAAAUAGAUCCAGUGAAACAAAGAGAAAACAUUCAAAACUUUUACAUUGCAAAUGUGCUAUUCAGACUUUUAGCUGAAGUGGCACUUGUGAUUGGUCAGUGGAAACUUUAUGGUUUUAAGGUUGAGCCUAAAUAUUCUUGCAAACGACUUCCCUGUCCUAAUAUUGUUGACUGCUUUGUGUCUCGUCCAACAGAAAAGACAAUUUUUUUGUGUUUCUACUUUGGAGUCGGUGUUUUCUCUGCUGUUAUAAGCAUGAUUGAGCUUAUACGCAUUAUUUAUAAAAAUAAGUGUAAACAUAAGAGCACUGGACUCUAUGAGCAAGACAAUCAAUCGAACAGAGAACAGGAGAAGUCAAGAACUUUCCUUAUGCAAGAGCUUCCUCUUACCUCGCAUCACGAAGGCGGGAAUUACUCUGUUCCAAAUCAUUUCAGUGCAACCCCAGUGUUUAAGUCAAAGUCUUCUGGAAGCACAGCCAACAGUAACAAGUCUUCACGAUCCACUGCCAAAGGGGAUUUAAGGGUGUAGCACAAUUGGACAUUUGUACUUCCAUUUAUGAGCUCCAUUAAGUACUUUUAAAAUGAUAUUUUAACAAAUGCUACAUCUUUUGUUCCACAAGAAGCAUAUAGAAAUUGUAUACUUUUUUCAUCUUUGUUGCAUUCUGUAUGCUCACGUGUCUAACUUUUAAGAGGGGAAUGUAAAGAAAUGGCUUGAUGAUAGCCAUGUACACCCCCGGGUGCUGAACUUUAAUGAUUUUGUGUGAGCUAAAAGUACAUAUAGUAUUAUGUUUAAAACAUUGCACUGUCCAUUGCCUCUUAAAUAGGAGUUCAGAAUAAGGAUUUAUCAAGUCGCCUGUAACCAUUUAUCUGUAGCUGUGAAGGUUGCAUAAGACACUGCAAACUAGAGAGAUUAGUUUUGUUGUAAUGUGACCAAGCUCUGUGAAAAAGAGGCUACGUAAAAUGCAGGCUGUUAAAAUGCCAACAUAUGUAAUUUUUUUUUUCAUUUUCAGCUUUAUGCUGAACUUUGCACUUAAUGUAUAGAGCAAACAAAUGCACUAUUUUCAGAACAUCUUUGCCAGCUUGUUAUUGCUGGAAAAUAUGCUUCCUGUUUUCCACUUGGUUGCAUGUUACUUGCUACGGCUUAGUCCUCUUCAUGUGAGAGACUAUGCAGUACAGAAAUGGCUUGCACUAAAUAAUAUAUUAGCAACACUUGAAUAUUUUUGUAUAGUUACUUUUUUUGUAUAUUGACUGUCAAAUAUUGGAUACAAGCCAUUUUAGUAUAUGAAUGUAUAAGAGAAUCUUUUUUGUUGUUCCUGCAUAUUGUGAGUUUAAAUUCCAGCACUGCUGGCAGUCUGGCAUUUGAGCUAGCAGCAUUUAUGCAGGGAUGAGUGAUUAGAAAAAUAAGUCCUGGAAAUGGGCAUAUGGCUAGUGUUGUUGACUGACUAAAUAAAUUAGCUUUAACUACAAAUGGUGGUACGUUUCCAUUAAUGGGGCAGCAGGCAAAAUGUGCAGAAUCGCAGCAAUGAUAGCAACCUUACACCACAACUGCAGCAAACAUUGCGACUCGUAAUUUGUCGAUCCACACACAUUUUUCGUGUGACAUUUUCAGUCACGUUUUUCCUGUGAGAUUUGGAGUCGGGGCUGAUUUUCUUAUGCUGACAGGAAUAUGCCAGUACAACAGCAGGUAGACAUCUCCCAAGGACAUCAGUCAUUGUACCCCUUGUAAAAGAAGUGAAUGGGUCAUGCCUCUUCAGUCCUCUCCCACUCCUCAUUAACUCCUCCGGUACCCAAGCUACUGAUUAAAUCCCAGUCAUCUGGAUCAUGGACAGGGCUACUUCUCUGCACAGCAUGGCACCAACCCAGAAUUCCUGGCUAUGUUGAUUGCAAUCAGUGAGACUCCAGUUAGGUUGUAUCAUGGAAAGAGUUACAGCUUAAGAAGGUAAUGGACAGUUUUUUAAUAUUAUCAAAUAAUGUGAACGAAUGAAUGGUGGUCUCACUGCAUGCAUACUCUACACCCAUUAAUCAGCUGCAUCUCGCUGUGAAACUGUUAAUGGUAAUGAGUAUGUAUGUCACUUUCCAGCUUCAGGUGGAAUAAUUGAAGAGAAAGCUUGCUGACCUGCUGGAUACAACCCGAAGAAAUAACUUUUGUACUCCUGCAGUGCUGGAGAAGGCAAAAGGAGAUGAUUAUAUCACUAUAUUUUCCAAAUCAAAAUGUUAUAAUGGAUUGGAGUCCAUUUGAUACAAAUCAAAACUGAAUGAGUGCACAUACUGCUUAUUUUUGGGAGUACUCUUGCAGAUUUUAGGCCCAGGCAUAUUGUAUUGAAAUUUAAUUUACUUAUUUAUUUAUUUACUUAUUCAUGUGACAUUUCUUUACCGGAAAAAGUCCAACUGGGCCAUAAAGAACCCAUUUUCAGUGGAGGCACGGGGAGAAAAGCCCCACAAAAAGCGUGACGACUACUGCCCUGUUAACAGAAAUGUACCCAAAUGGCUAAAUGGGAGUUGAACCUGGGUAGAACUGGCUACAGGAAGUCCAACAACUACUUUAGCCUUCCCAUCUCCUUGUACUUGAAUUCAAUAAAUGCCAGUUCACUAAAAAUUAAUCCCAGAAUAUGCAAACUGGAGUAAACAUGUAGUGCAGGGUCAGAAUGCAUGGCAAUACAGUGGAAUCCCCGAGAUGUCUUUUAAAAUGUAUUGGCUGCUUUUGGUAUCUAGCUUUUCAUAUCUACACAACUGAAAAUGUAGGUUCACACUAGUUUAGGUGCUGUGUCUUAACUGUACUAGAGAGGCUGUUCUACCGUAGGUAUGAUAUCCUAGGCAGCAUUUCCAGUGAUGGUGACUGGUAUUUUGAGAUACAGAUAUCAAAAUGCUCUGUCACAUGCUGAACAGAACUUUAUAAUGCACAUCAGGAAGUGGUGGUGCUGUUUCUUGCCACUGGCCUCAGACCACAGUAAAUUACCCAAAGAAAAGAAGAUUCCUGUUUUUCAGACUGUAAAUGCAGUUUACUAUAUUGUUAAAAAAUAAAUAAAUACAUAAAAAAUUCCCAGAUUAUAAUCUGUGCUUUCCACAUUAUCAAAACCUGUUUUAAAUUACUGUAUGACACUGCAGGUGUUUGAUUUGUACUGUCAGCCAUCCUUAAUACAGGACUAAGGAUAACCAGUCUCAGAUUAUGUAGAAUCCAUAGGGCUGAUUUCAUCGCACUUACUGUUUUUUUUUUGUCCUGAUGAAUAAAAAAAAAUAUCCCUUUUCAUUUCCCAGUACAUAUACAUCAAGUCAGUGACAAGAUUCCAGUCCGAAAUCAAAUGCCAUAGUACAAGACACAGACAGAUAUGCAGUCUAUUAGUGUAUAAUCCUUGAAAAAAAAAAAUCUACCUGAUAACGCCGACACACCAAAAUACCAACAACGAAAUAACCGACACCACAAAACUGAAAGUUCAAAAACACGAAACUUCACAUGCCCGACAAACUACA